GAGAAGAAGCACAAGAAAACAAAACAAGGUCACACAAUAAGCAACCCUUCCCUCUUUCACAUUUCUUGUCCAAUCUCCACCCAAACCACCCCUAACCCUUUUUCUUUUCCUUUACACACAAUUCUUUUUUUCAAAGAGAGAGAAAUCUCUCCCUCUUUCUCCCCUCUCAUCAAUGGAAAUCAGUUCUAGAUUUCACCAUGAAAGGGAGAAUCCAUCUCCCAUGAACUCACCAAAAAGCAAUGUAAGUAACUGUAUGAGUAGCAGCAACAGCAACAAUGGAAUCCAAAUUCAAACACCACCUCUCACUCCAAAAACAAUCCCUAGAUCUGAUUCAAAUCCUUACCCUACAACCUUUGUUCAAGCUGAUACAACAACUUUCAAACAAGUUGUUCAAAUGUUAACAGGUUCAUCAGAAACAACAACCUCGACCACCACAACGACAACAACAACAACCUCAACCACAACAAGACCAAAUCAAGAUCUACCUCAACAUCCAACAAGAAACUUCAACAUACCUCCAAUCAAAACAGCACCAAAGAAACAAGGUUUCAAGUUAUAUGAGAGAAGGAACAGUCUCAAGAACAGUGUUCUUAUGCUCAACACCCUCAUGCCAAAUGUUUUACCUAGGAAACAACAACAACAGUAUCAACAAGAGAUUCUCUCUCCGAGCUUGCUUGAUUUUCCUUCUCUUGCUCUUAGCCCUGUCACACCAUUGAAUGAUGACCCUUUUGAUAAAUCUUCACCUUCAUUGGGAAAUUCAUCCUCCGAAGAAGAUAAAGCUAUAGCUGAAAAAGGUUUCUAUUUGCACCCCUCUCCUAUUACUACACCAAGAGACUCAGAGCCACAGCUUUUGCCUCUCUUCCCUCUCUCUUCACCUAGACUCUCACAAUCAAGUUCUUGAGGAAGAAAUAAUCAAUUCUUGUGUAAAAGAUUGAAACUUGCUAUGUGGGUGGUUUAGCUUCACAAAUUUACAACAUGGGUUUUGAAAUUUGAAUCAUUUCAAACAAGGUAAAAUACAUAGCUUGGUUUUAUUUGUAAAAGUGAAUUUCUUAGUCUUACCAUGAAAUGGUCAACAUCCUUUUUCUCUUCUUUACUUCUCAUGUUAACUUUGUCUUCAAAUUCUAAAUAUUUGCUAUCAUUUACCUUUCCAUAAAUGAAAGAAGAGGAAAAAAGUCUCUUUGUCCAA